AUGGCACCUAUACGGCCAAUCCCGUUGGAGGAUGCCCUGCACCUCCUCGCAGGAGGUUUCUUGCGCGGUGGCAUAGGAGGUUUCCUCAAAGGUGGCUCAAGUCACAGCACUGCCACUGUUGGUGGUCAGAAGGAUGUCCGAGCAGGCAUUGCUAUGGGUUAUGUGGAACUCAUGCGCGAGAUGGGUGCUACCUGGUUGGAAAGAAAUCUGGCCAUGGUUUGCCGACAUUUGUUGGAGCUAGCUGCGAAAUGUGGUAGCCUCGCCUAUACUAGCUCUCCUGCUCAAGCAGCUGAAGCGAUCUUUCUCCGCAGAUGCGUUUCUUACAUUCUGCGAGCGAGUGUAGGAACAAUGCUGAGCGAGCAAGCUCAAAUCACCGCUUGCAAAUACCUUGGUCAACUCUUAGCAGAUUAUAUAAACUCUUUUGGUGAGGUUUUACCUUUUGUCCAUUUGCCCAUUUUUGAUCUGUGUACAUUGAGUUGUCAAUUUUAGAC